AUGUGCUGCAUCCUCCUACCUCCCUGCCUGCCUCCCUGCUCACUCCAUCAGUCACUGGUCAUCGCCUCUACAGUGACUGUACACCUGAGGCACUGCAGGAGCAGUAUAAAAGUGGGCCCUUCUCCUCACUCUUUCACCCACUCCACUUGCCUCCAUCUCCUUAGGAACAAGGUGCACCUCCAGCCCCAAGACAUGUCCUGCUACAGCCCGUGCCUGCCAUGCCAGCCCUGUGGCCCCACCCCGCUGGCCAACAGCUGCAAUGAGCCUUGUGUCAGGCAGUGCCAGGACUCCACCGUCGUCAUCCAGCCCUCCCCCGUGGUGGUGACCCUGCCCGGACCCAUCCUCAGCUCCUUCCCGCAGAACACCGCCGUGGGAUCCUCCACCUCCGCUGCCGUUGGCAGCAUCCUCAGCUCUGCGGGAGUGCCCAUCUCCUCCGGGGGCUUUGGCCUCUCCGGCCUCUCUGGCUUGGGUAGCCGCCCCUGCGGCACAAGGUGCCCCCCCUGCUAA